UGACAUUGUGAGGCUGGCUGAAGAACAUCCUGUUGAUGUGGUGCUGACCCUCCUGCGCUGUGCCCCAACGUGUGACAGAGCUGCUGCAAUGAUGUGGAGAGCCAUUGCUUCAUCAAGACUAACAAUGGAGAAAGUGCUGCCAACACUGGUCCGUGUAAUGGAGGAUUGGCCUCUGAGCAAAAUGUGCACCUCCGAUGGGGACAAUCAGGAUGUUUUUGCCCUGGCUGCAACUCUGGUGAUCUGGGUGAUUGUCCAGGUGCCUCUGUACCAUGAGACAAGGAUUCAUUCUUUCUACCCUCUGUUUACGGCUCUGCUCUUCCACGUUGUCAUCACCACACAGCAGAUGCCACCAGAGGAAGUUGAAAACUUCUGGAGAGCAUGCCAGGAGGAAAAUCGCCUUCCCUGCAGGCCCAACAGGUUUGCAGUGCAGGCCAUGAAGGCUCUGCUCUACCGACUGCAGUGUGACCAGGAGGUGAUGGAUAUGGAGCGUAAGUGUGGCUGGGACACGCUGCUGACUGCUCACACCCAGCACUAUGCCGUGGGUCUGCUGGCCAGGGAGAUGCGCCAUGUCUUGACCUCCAUGUGUUCCCAUGUCGCAUACCGCCUUCUCCUCGUGCUCAGCUGUGAAAAGCCAAGGUGGGAUCUGCCCUUCCUGGCAUUCCUUGUGGAGGUCCUCGAGUGCCUGGACUUGAGUAAAUGUGCUCACACUGUCCUGAAGAUCAUGUCAAGUUGCCUGCACAGCAAGUGCAGGGAGAGGCGUCGCCUGGCACUCAGAGGCCUCGUGGUGCUCAGCAAGGAUCCCUCAAUGGCCAGACCUAUACGCAGCGUGUCUCGAAGACUUCUGGAGCUGCUGGGUGAUGCAGAUGGACAGGUGGUCAGCAUGUCCCUCUCUCUGUUGAAGAAGAUGCUCCAGAAAAAACAUCUCAUGAUAUCCAGCACUUCUGCCCCAAAGCUAGCUGAGGCACUCCUGCCACUCUUUGACCGUGACAACAGCCAUCUGCAGCUGCUCUCCAUUUCCCUCUUCUGCAAGGUGAUGGAAUUGGUAGUGGAAGAGGGUAAAAAGCCCCUGAAGAGAAUUGUGAGCCAGAGCCUGCUCCCACUCUUCUUGCACUGCCAUGAGGAGAACCAGCGUGUGGCAGAGGCCUCUAUGAAAACGCUGUAUUGUGCGGCUGGCUUCUUGGAGAAGACGGAUCUCCAGAGGGUUCUGAAGAUAGAGCAGCCAUUGAAAAUUGAUGAGUGCCUGCUGCUAGAGGACAGGAGACAAGCGAGCGAGCGCAUGCAAUGGGCCCUGCGGUUCCUGGAUAGCCCACAGGAGUCCCUGCGAGAGGCGGCCUUCAGGAUCAUCGGGAUGGCUGCGCGCUACCUGUCGAGGAAGAGGGAAGAGCUCCAGUUCCACAGUCAGGGUGAGUGA